UUCAUAUUCACACUUAAAACCUGUCGCAUCGCAUCAAUCUAGACACACAAUAUCCACUCCUUUUUCCAUCUUCAGUAAAUUAUUAAUACCUACAGCCUCCAAUACAUCAACAACAACAACAAUGGCAAACCUCAUCUUCGUCCCACUAACACUCACAACCCUCCUCUCCGCCUACACCCUCAACCUCGCCUACACAAACAUCACUCUCCUCCAACGGUACGAGCGCCAGAGCGAAAAAGCCGCAGAAUGGUCAUCCAUAGCCGCCGAGCGACUGCGCAAGACAAGAACGACGCAGGCCAGUGGCGCCGUAUCUAUCGUCUUAUCCCUCAUCUCCUCAACAUACCUUAUCUUGCACCCCAUUCUCUCAUCCGAGAAGAAACAAAGCGACCAUGCGGUCCUCAUCACGGCCGUCAACAUUGUCGCCUCGUCCGCUGCGAGAGUGCACAUGGCUGGGUUCUGGAAUGAGAAGGAGCAGACGCGCGUGCCGUUCCUCGAGAAGUUCAACGAUGCGGUUAGGGGGAGCGAGAGGGAGAGGGAUCUGGUGUGGGGAAUUGCGGGGUGCUGGGUUGCGGUUGGGUUGUUUGCGUUCUGGUGAGUGGGUGGGAUGAACGGGGAGUAGGAAGAGUGGAAGUGCUUUGCAUAAGUGUACGAUAGGGGAGUUGUAGAUGAUACUCGGAGUAAAUGGUAAAUUUUUCGAUUAUGAUGCAUUGGUUAUAUGUAGUUCUAGUAUUGGGGGGGUAUUCAAGAUAUGUGCACGCAUGCAAUGAAACAAUCAAACGG